GGUGGGGUGGCGCAGAAAGCAGCAGCAGCAGGAGGAAGAGAGGAGCAGGUCCGAGGAGCAGAAGCUUUGCAGCGCACCUGUGGUGAGCAUCGCUAGCAAGAGGAGAAGGCAAGGAUAGGCCCAGGAGUAAUGGCGUCCAAAGUCAAACAAGUCAUACUGGAUCUCACUGUGGAGAAAGACAAAAAAGACAAAAAAGGUGAGAAGACCUCCAAACCAAGUAAAGAAGAAUCCCACCAUCUGGAAGAGGUUGAAAACAAAAAGCCUGGGGGAAAUGUCAGAAGGAAAGUCAGGCGACUUGUGCCUAACUUUCUAUGGGCCAUACCUAAUAGACAUGUUGAUCACAAUGAAGGGGAAGAGGAUGUUGGGAGAUUUGUAGGGCAGGGGACGACGGAAGUCAAGAGAAAGAGUAAGGAGCAGCAGAUGAGGCCUUACAGGCGUUUCCAAACACCUGAACCUGACAAUCAUUACGACUUUUGCCUCAUACCUUGA